GAAAAUCCCCGGGCUCAGCCAGAGCUCAGCAAGGCGUGAGGAUCGCCGAAACUAUCCAGUGAAAUGUUUGUUAUUAUGUAGAAAAGCCAGCAAUAGGAGCGGGAAGAUUUCGGAGUAUGCGUGGAGAAUGGGAUUGGUGUCGUUCUUGUUGUUCAUAUUUGCAGUUGUAGGCAUGACGAAGGUUUCGCAGAUUGGAGGAGGGAUCGGAGAGAGGGCUACUUUGGUGCAUCGAAUUAUUGUCAGCAGAAGCACGGCAUGGAGUUUGAGAGAGGAGGAAGAAGAUGAGAAUAUGAGGAGCAUUAGGGUGAGCACCGAGAGACAAUCUCAGCGUUCGAUCCCUGAAAUCUGGAUGAAACCGAGUAGUGAAGGUUAUCAUCAAUGCAUUGAAAGGCCAAAAGAUAAAACCUGGAUUCCUGGCACAAGGACGGACGGCUAUCUUCUAGUUCAUGCUAAUGGUGGUCUAAAUCAGAUGAGAACAGGAAUAUGUGACAUGGUGGCUGCUGCAAAACUAAUGAAUGCAACAUUGGUUCUUCCCUUUCUCGAUCAUGCUUCCUUUUGGACAGAUCACAGUGAAUUCAAGGAUAUAUUUGACUGGAAACAUUUUGUAGAUGUAUUGAAAGAUGACAUUGAGAUAGUGGAGUCUCUACCACCCAAGUAUAAAGCUAUAAAGCCCUUCGUGAAGGCACCUACUUCCUGGUCCAAGGGCUUUUAUUAUAAGAACUAUAAGAAAAUUCUAAAGAAGUAUAAGGUGGUGAAGUUUACCCAUACAGAUUCCCGACUUGCAAAUAAUGGCCUUGCUCCUUCAAUCCAAAAGCUUAGAUGUCGCGCAAACUACAAAGCACUGCAAUAUACACCUCAAAUAGAAGAAUUGGGAAAGACAGUUGUCAAAAGACUCAGAAAUAGGAGCAACUAUUACAUUGCCCUCCAUUUGAGAUAUGAAAAGGACAUGCUCGCUUUUACUGCUUGUAGUCACAACCUAACAUCAAAUGAAGCACAAGAACUCCAAACCAUGCGUUAUAAUGUGAGACAUUGGAAGGAGAAAAAGAUCAAUGGCAAUGAAAGGCGAAAGUUAGGAGGUUGUCCAAUGACUCCCAGAGAGGCUGCUGUUUUCCUCAAGGCUAUGGGUUAUCCUUCUGCAACAAACAUAUACAUAGUUGCGGGGGAAAUUUAUGGUGCUCAUAGCAUGGAUGCCCUCAGAGCAGAAUACCCAAAUAUUCAUACACACGACACCGUAGCAAAUGCCGAGGAGUUAGCACCUUUCAAGAUGCACCAGAAUCAGCUUGCCGCAGUGGAUUACGUUGUAGCACUGAAUAGUGAUGUUUUUGUGUAUACUUAUGAUGGCCAUAUGGCUAAGGCAUUGCAGGGUCAUCGGAAAUUUGAAGGAUUUCUCAAGACAAUCAGUCCUGAUAGACAAAAAUUUGUCAAACUAAUAGAUGAACUGGACAAGGGGGCUAUAACGUGGGAGGAAUUACAAAGUGCAGUAAAGCAGCAUCAUGCUCAUAGACUUGGAGGUCCCUAUGAGAGGAGACGGGGAGCAAAUCCAAGGCUAGAGGAGAAUUUUUAUGCAAAUCCUCUUCCAGGAUGCCUUCACAGACCACAGCGAAAAUUUUGAAAGGUUACCAAAGAAGCUCGACACAUUUUGCCAGGAUUGAGCAUUUGGAUAACAGGGUAACUGUGCUUUGUAAGAUACAGCAACCCCUGCCCUUCGUGCUAUAGAAAUGAGAAUUUGGGAUAGACCUUAUCUAACCUUUCCAGAUGCUCAAAUACUUUCCUCAUCUGGUUUCUUCUUAACAAAGUCGGUUGUAUAUAUAAUUUUAUACAACAAAUUGAUGAUGAGUUGCAUAGACAUGCAUACUUCUAUUUUUGAAAGAGAAUAAUUCUUUGGAAUAGAAAAGGUUAAUGAAAGCGGAACUUGCACCAAUAC